AUGGCUGUAGUAUCUGCGACCUCUAACGGCGCAGAUGAAAACCCCGUUGAGAUAAAAGAGGACAAAAAAGGAUGGUUAUCCAAGCGCACUCAUUUUACGCACCGGUGGAAACGCGCAUGGUUUCAGUUGAAAGAAACUCUACUGUUGUAUGGUGAAAAUGAAGAGAAGCUUCUGAAGCCCAUCAACCUGGUUGGGGCAGUGGUAGAGGUUGUUGAAGGAGGCGACGGAUCAUUCGAAUGGACUAUUACUCCUAAGGACAGGAAGCGGACCUUCUUCCUCCGGGCUGGCACCAUAGCAGAACAGCAGGGAUGGAUGGAGGCUAUAUGUGAAGCACAGCUGAGCUCCAGGGACCAUGCUACUAAUGCAUGUGUGGUGCAAUAGAUUAUCACUUAUUGGAUUUUACAUACCCUGAACAAAAAUAUAAAAGCAACAUGUAAAGUGUUUCAUGAGCUGAAA